CAGGGACUCUUACCCUUCUCUUCCUUCCCUCUGCCACUCUGUUUCAUCCUUGUUCAGCUAUGUUUUCUUCUUCCUUUUAGCUUCAUCCCUCCAAAUUUUCACAUGCAUCUCCUUUUCCUGCUAGUGUUCCUCAUCCAUGUGGCCUAUUCUAAGUGAGCUCUUCCUUUUCCGGUGCAUGCUAAGCUCUACACUGAGGCGCAGAACUCAAAUGGCUCAAUCCUUCUCCGUCGUCUUCCUCUAUUGGUUCUAUGUUUUCUCCUCGGAUGGCUUGUGGAAGUGUAACUUCGUCUGGGUCGACGAGCCGAACCCUGAAUCCCGGUUCGACGACGGAGGAGGAGGAGCUCCGGGCGCUGAUCGAGCAGAGGAAGCUCAGGCGGAUGCUGUCUAACCGGGAGUCAGCGCGGCGGUCGCGCAUGCGGAAGCAGAAGCACAUGCAGGAUCUGACGGCGCAGGUGGGUCGGUUGAGGAAGGAGAACGGCCAGAUCCUGAUAGCGCUCGACGCCACCGCGCAGCUAUGCGCCGGCGUCGUGGCGGAGAACACCGUGCUCAGGGCACAGGCCGUGGAGCUCAGCGCCAGGCUCAAGUCCCUCAACGAGAUCGCUUACUGCUACUUGAUGGAAAUGGAAGGGGGAAGCUCCAUGGCAGCGAACCAGGUGGGCAUUAAUGGCGGCUGCUACUGCCCUGCCAUCCUGUGAGCUCUGCGUGUUUAAUUUGCUUCAGGUGUUGCUGCUGGCUGCUCCAAUGUGUGUUAAGGAGGUAGUAGAAAAGCAGGACCGCAAGGUGCCAACUAAGUGUGAUUUUUAAGUGCUUAAGUGACUAAUAAUUAGUAAUUACUGAAACGCAUGCAAGCUUAAUUUAGGCUUUAUCAAUUCCAGUUGGUAAAGUGAUUUGUGGUUGAUUA